GACAAAUGGGAGCAACAAUGAUCAGAACUGAGGUAGUGACUACUUUUGUCAUCCUGGCAGUUAUUUGGAAAGGUACCGAGUGUCAAACACUGACUGAGUCUGAAUCAGUGGUCAAAAGGUCUGCUGAGUCCCACAGACUGACCUGCACAUAUUCUGGGUUUAGUGGUACUCCUUGGUUUGCUUGGGUCAGACAGCCAGCUGGAAAAGGACUGGAGUGGGUUUCUGGUAUCAGUGAUAGUGGUGACAGAACCUACUAUCCUCAGUCAUUGAGAAACCGGUUCACCAUCUCCAGAGACAACAACAGAAAGCAGGUGUAUCUGCAGAUGAACAGUUUGUCAGCGGAGGACUCUGCUGUUUAUUAUUGUGUUCGAUGGUCCAACGGUGCUUUUGACUACUGGGGGAAAGGGACCACAGUCACCGUCACUUCAGCCACUCAGAGUGCUCCCACUGUGUUUCCUCUGGCUCCAUGUGGUUCUGGCGGCAGUGACAUGGUCACCCUCGGCUGCCUUGCCACCGGUUUCAACCCCUCUUCCAUCACCUUCUCGUGGGAACAAGGCAGUACUGCUUUGAACAACUUCAUCCAGUACCCUUCAAUCCAGAAAGGCAAUGAAUACAUGGGAAUCAGUCAGGUUCAAGUCAGGCGACAGGACUGGGAAGCAAGAAAACCCUUCAAAUGCAUUGCAAAUCACGCUGCAGGACGACAACAUGCUUCAGUCACCAAAAUAAACGACGUUUAUGAGCUUCCGACUCUUAAAGUGUGUUCCUCUGUGGAUGACACAAAAGAUGAGGCUUACUUCUCCUGCUUUGCCAAAGAUUUUUCUCCAAAUAAAUAUAAGAUCACAUGGCACAAAGAUGGUCAAGCAAUCACUGGGACGAUCGAUGAGGUCAUCACAUCGUCUCAGGGAAGAAAUGACACGAAUGGAACUGUCCUGUACAGUGUUGCAAGUCUGCUCACACUGCCGUCCAGGGCAGUGCCUGAAGGCUCACAAUUAACAUGUUUAUUUGAGGGAAAAGGCGAAAGAAAUCCAGUCUUCCUCAACUCUACUGUGUCCCACAAGCAGUGUUCAGCUGUUACUGAAGGGUGUGAAGAAGAUAUGGAUAUAAGGAUCAUAUCCCCCACAAACAAGGACAUCUUUUUGGAUGGAAAAGCAACCCUGAUUUGUGAAGUCACCGAAAAAAAAGGGGGAUUUGAGAAGAUCGCCUGGUUGGAUGAGAAAGACGCAGAGUUGGUAUCCACAAAAGAGAAUAUAGGAUCCAAUGUACAUAGAGCUACAAUUGAAAUCACCUUUGAUGAAUGGAGCAAGGGGGUUAAGCGUAUCUGUGAAGUCCACAGCACCGAGUGGAUUGAUCCAGUGAAGAGAGAGUACAAAAGAAACUCUGGAGGAGCUUCUAAGCGUCCGUCAGUGUUUAUGUUGCCUCCCUUAGAGCAAACUAGAGAGAAUGCAGUGGUUCUGACUUGCUAUGUGAAAGACUUCUCGCCUCGGGAGAUUUAUGUGGACUGGCUUGUCGAUGAUGAAAAGGCAGGCACAAGAUAUCAGUUCAGUACCACAGAACCCGUGGAAAACAAUGGACUCUUCUCUGUUUACAGCCAGGUUAUCCUCACACAAGAACAAUGGGAUGAGAAAGAUGUGGUGUAUAGCUGUGCUGUUCAUCAUGAGUCAGUGGCAAAGUCAAGCAGAACGCUUGUCAGAUCCAUUGGAUCCAGAACCUUUGAAAAAACCAAUGUGGUCAACCUUAGCAUGAACGUCCCUGAAACGUGCAAGGCCCAGUCAAAUGAAACAAGGAAUUUAAUCUUUAAAGAACUCCUGCUUACCUUCACAAUGCCAUGCAAUCUCCUCUCUUCCAUAGCUUUAAAGAUGAUCCCCCCCAAAAUGACCUUGUACCCUGUUUGGGAUGGAGAAGUCAAGAUUUCAGAUGUCAGACUUAUCUGUGCUUUGAGCGACUAUUUUCCCAAGGACAUAACUGUGCAGUGGUACAAAGGGGACGAGCUUCUAACAAGCAAUCCAAAUGUGAGAGAUUUUAUAAGUGGAAAUAAGGAGAACACAACCUACAGUCAAACCACCGAGAUUACUCCAGACAAGGAAGAAUGGAUAAAAGGAUCAACGUUUAGUUGCAGGUCUACUCACAAAGCCCAAAAUUUGACAGGAACAAUAAACAUUUGUCAGAUCUAUGGAAAAUACACUCCUCCCAUUUAUAUGGAGACCCCAAACUUCAUGAAAGUGAUGACAGAGUCUGAAGUGGAAGCAAAGUGUUCCAUUUCCACCGUGCUUAAUGCCAAACUGACCUGGGAAAUGGACGGGGUUCCAGUAGGGGAUCGAAGCCCAGUGUUUACAAAUGAGACAUUUGUAAGCUCUACACUGAAGGUUCCAUCAGAGACAUGGGCAAAAAAGAAAAAAAUUCAGUGUAAAGCUGAACAUCUUUGCUUCACAGCUAUGAAGACUAUAAGUAUUUCAGAGCCUUCAGUUGGACGUCCACAAGUGGAGAUCAGAAGGUCCUUCUCCAAGCUGCGGAAUGGAGAAAGUGCCGUUUUCCAGUGUGACGUGUCAGAGCUCUCCUCACAGGACCUCUAUGUCACAUUUCAAGUGAACGGAGCUGAUGCUUCACAAAAAUAUUAUUUUGAUCUUCCUGAAGGAUCCGGCCCUUAUUCAGUCAGUAGAAGUUUCUCUGUUCCUAGAGAGUCCUGGAAAAUUGACACAACUGUCUCGUGCACAGUGAACCAAGGCUUCUCCAGCAGUCCCUUCAAGUCAAAUUUGAUGAGCAGAAUUUUUGUGAAGCCCUCCGUGGAACUCCUGUUGGCCCCAAGUAGAGCAUCAGAUCAACAAACGCUCUUGUGUUAUGGAUGGGGCUUCGACCCACAAAUUAAAUGGCUUAACGGCUACGAACCAAAAUCCACAUCAAAUCAUGACAUCAGCAUGGAUGCGAAUGGACGUGUUGCUGUGACAAGUCAACUGCAAGUUGCUCAGACAGAGUGGAAAUCAGGAAAGGCCUUCACAUGUGAAGUGUCUGACAAAUCUCUAAAUGCAGUGGUCAGAAAGGAAAUCAGUGUAUGCUCAGCUUGUUCAAGCCUACCUCCAAACAUUGAAUUAGACAUGCCAAACCUUAAGACUGUGACGACAACAUUUGUGAAAGCUACAUGUUUGGUUCACACUGCUUUUGAUGCCAAAGUCACCUGGCUGUUUGAUGGAAGAAUUCAGGAACGAUACACAAAGACUCAACUUCGAAACCUGACUCAUUUAGCGGUUGAUGUGACAGUCCCUUUAACAGCGUGGAAGAAACUGAAGACCAUUACAUGCAAAGCAGAACAUGGGUGUUUUUCAACCACUGAAAAGACAGUAAAUUUAAAUUUAGCAGCACCUUCAGUUGGACAACCACAAGUGGAGAUCAGAAGGUCCUUCUCCAAGCUGCGGAAGGGAGAAAGUGCCGUUUUCCAGUGUGACGUGUCAGAGCUCUCCUCACAGGACCUCUAUGUCACAUUUCAAGUGAACAGAGCUGAUGCUUCAGAAAAAUAUUACAUUGAUCUUCCUGAAGGAUCCAGCCCUCAUUCAGUCAGUAGAAGUUUCUCUGUUCCUACAGAGUUUUGGAAAAAUGACACAAAUGUCUCGUGCACAGUGAACCAAGGCUUCUCCAACAGUCUCUUCAAGUCAAAUUUGAUGAGCAGAAUUUUUGUGGAACCCUCAAUGGAAGUUCAUCCUGCUCCCAGUAAAGGAUUUGAGCAACAAACAUUAGUGUGUUCCGGAUCGGGCUUUGACCCACAAAUCAAGUGGCUUAACGGGUCAAAGGAAAUAAACGCAUCAAAUUCAGACAUCAGUAUGAAUAACAAUGGUCAUGUUGCUGUGAUGAGUCAACUGCAUGUUGGUCAUGCAGAGUGGAAAAGAGGAAUGGUAUUUACAUGUGAAGUGUCUGACAGUUCUCUAAGGAAAAGUGUCAAAAAGGAUAUCAGUAUCUGUUCAGUUACGCCAACGUCUACUCAUAUGGUUGGCGUCUAUAUUCAAAGACCUAAACUAGAGGAACUCCAAAAGAAGGGACAGGUGACUGUUACUUGUCUUUUUGUUGGGACUAGUCUUAGUGAUUUCUCCAUAAUCUGGAGAGUAGGUGAUCAGCGAGCAUCCCCAAGUAAUAUCAAUAUGGAAAAACCUGUGAGUCACAACAACGGAACGGAAACUUUACACAGCUCCCUCUAUGUGUCAGCAGAGGACUGGCACUCAAAUAAGCAGGUGUCUUGUGCGGGAAAACAUCCAUGUUCCAACAAAAGUUAUAAAGACUACAUCAGCAAAAUCACAGAUCUGUAUCAGCCAGUUCUGAGGAUAGUGGAACCAACUUUUGAUGAGCUGUAUACAUCUGACAGCGUCAUUCUUACUUGCUUGGUUUCAGCAUUUUUUCCAUCUGACAUCAUUGUUCAAUGGAGAGAAAAUGGCCAACAACUCCCAGCAUCUCUCUAUAUUAACAGUCCUUCAUGGAAAGAACCGGGAAGACGCUAUUUUUCAAUGAGGAGCAGACUAAAUGUAACUAAGGCUGAGAACAACAACUCAACUUACUCUUGUGUUGUCAGACAUGAAUCCUCUGAGUCUCCACUUGAAACAAGCAUAAGUGACUUGUUUGCCACUGUGAGAUACACCAAACCCUCAGCCGUCUUGCUCCAGGGAGAGAACGAACUCAUGUGUCUGGUCUCGGACUUCAACCCAAAAUCCAUCAAUAUCACUUGGUUCCGCAGUGAAACCACAGAGCUGUCGGACUACAACAUAACCGAGCCCUACGUAGGCCCAGAUAGGAAAUUCAGAAUUCUCAGUCGCCUUCGCCUUGCACCAAUUGACACGUUACCUGGCAUGAUUAUCACCUGUCGGGUGACACAUGAAGGCACCACCAUCUCAGUAAACAUGUCCAAACCAGACACACUGGAGUACUGUAUCUUCUUUGAUACUAUUAAGGACCUUGAUGUGAGUCAAGAUGCAUUGAAGGAAACCUGGACUAUGGCCUUAACGUUCCUCUGCUUUUUUCUCUUCACCAUCAUAUUUUCUCUUGUUGUCCUCAUCGUUAAGACAAAAUAGUGACAAUCAGAAGACAGUUUUCUUUUUAUUGGAUGGAUAAAUUUUUACAAAUUUUCUGUUUGGUGUGCAUACAGUGGCUCUUUUUUUAAAAAAAAAUUUGUUUUGCUAUUUCUUUCUCUUGUGUUCUUUGUUCUAGUUUGUAGCA